UCCUUUCUUCACCGGCAUUUAUUAUUACUAAACCAUUGCCACUGCUGAAAUUCAAAGAGUGGAAAUCCCUGCAUUCGUUGUUUGGUUAGCCCACAGAAACUUUACCUGCUUAAUAAAUAUUUGAAAAUUUCCCCAUACUUUCUCUCUCAGAUCUCUCUCUUUGCCAGUGUUUUUUACAGAGAAAAAAAGGUGUUAAAGUAAACUGAAAAAGAAGCGAAGUAGAGCAAAGAUGGGUGGUGAUGAAAAGAUCUUCACUUUAGCUCAAGUCUCUGAGCACAACAGCCCCAAAGAUUGCUGGCUUGUCAUCAAUGGCAAGGUUGACGUGACAAACCUUUUGGAAGACCACCCCGGUGGUGAUGAAGUGUUGUUAUCCGCAACAGGGAAGGAUGCCACUGAUGAUUUUGAGGAUGUUGGGCAUAGUGAUAGCGCUCGAGACUAUGUCGGAGAGAUCAAUGUCUCAACUAUCCCGAAGAAGAUAAAAUAUAAACCGGCAAACCAGCCACACUAUAAUCAAGACAAGACAUCCGAGUUCAUCAUCAAGCUCCUCCAGUUCUUAGUCCCCCUUGCCAUCUUGGGGUUAGCCGUCACCUCUACAUCAAAAUCAUCUUAAAUGUGAUUCUAGAUCGUGUUCUGAUGACCCAAAAGAACCUGGGUUUCAUUUAUGCCAAUCUUUU